AUGUCAACACCCUGCCUAAGGUUGGCAAUGAAUACGUGGCUUCCCCACGUGGUCCUGUCGGGAAAACAUCCGCACGAAACGGUCUCUGGCUCCAUGAUCUCCGUUGUGGAUAUCAUCGCCGAGAAGCUGGGCGUGUGCUACGAAUUCGUGAUUCCCGAGGAUUAUGAAUUCGGGCAGUUCGUCAACGAUUCCUGGACUGGGAUUGUUGGGCAGAUACUCCGAAGGGAAGUCAACAUGUCCGGCGUAAUGUUAUCCGUGAACUACGCUCGCUCGACAGCCGUGGAUUUCAGCGUUCCUCUCUACGUUAACGACCACGCUCUGGCUUACGCUCGUCCGACUUAUGAGCCUGAUAUCAGCGGUUUCGUGAAGCCUUAUACUGUGUCUACGUGGGUUCUGCUGUUCCUCUCAAUGUUCAUGGUGUUUGCUGGCCUCUUGUUCAUUCAAGUGGAACGAUAUAACAUCCUAAAAAAGUUCAGGUAUAAGAAUGGUGUCCGUAUCUUAAAGCAACAAAACAACAAGAUCAACACCCAAACUCACCGACUCCCCUCCCCCCCUCUUGCAGCCAUCCCCAAGGAACCUCGCGCCGUCUCCGUCCAACUAAUAGCCGGCUUGUGGUUGGUUCUGAUGCUAAUCGUGAGCACCGUCUACCGAUCCAACCUGAAGGCGAUGCUGAUCCUGCCGCGGCUCGACCUCCCCUUUGACAACAUGGCGGAGCUCGUCGAGACGGAUAUUAAGACAUUCAGUCCUCGUGGGAGCGUCAUAUACCAGGCGGUCAUGGAGGCUCCGGAAACCUCCCACAUGAGUCGCCUGAAGAAACAGCUGAUUUCCCACGUCAACGUCCCGAAGUUCUUACGGGACAUGGCAGAGGGAGAACACGCGGCGCUCAUCGAUAGGGACACCAUCCUGUUCCUGCUCCAUCGGAUCUUCUUGAGAGUAAGGGUUGUGGAAUUUGUAAAAAAGACCAAAAGCUGCCCUCUGUACGUGGCCUCAGAGACGUUCUUCGCAUCCAGCCUCUCCCUGGCGUUCCCCCGCGGCUCCCCCCUCCUGCAGAAGGUGGACCCCAUCAUCUACCGCCUGAGGGAGUCCGGCAUCCUGGACCACCUGCUGCAUGAGAACGUCAGGCACGCCAAGCAAUGCCUCCUUCACCAUUCCGAGGCGUCCGACAGCAACCGGCGGCCGCUGGCGAUGAAGGACUUCUACGGCGUCUUCUGCGUGUAUUCUGCAGGAAUUUCUCUGGCCAUCCUGUCCUUUGUGUUGGAGAAGUUAUUUCCAAACAGGAAGUAA